AUGGUGGCUUUCAAGUUUCUGGCUGGAGGAUAUGACGUCUUCGUCGCAACAUACCUCUUCAAUUCGGCAACCAACACCCUCUCCGUGCAAAGCAAGUCUCCCACAGGGAGCAACCCGUCUUGGAUCACAUUAAAUCCAACUAAUCGAAGUCUAUUAUAUGCUGUCAACGAGAAUAGCAAUGGAGCCCUGCAAUCUUUCCUCAUCAACCCGGAUGGAAGUUUGUCAGCCGCCAUAGACACUGUCUCCUCUGGAGGAAGCAGUCCAGCGUUCGCCACUGCUCUAUCAACCGGCUCCGUUGCAAUCAUGAACUACGAUACCGGAAAUGGCAAAAUUAUACCUACCUCUUCACAGCAGUCCAAGUUCAGUCAGUCGGCACCACUCAUCACAUUCCCGCCACCCGUUGGAGGCGUAUCCCACCCUCACAUGGCUUUAGAGCACGAAGGAGAGGUUCUGGUUCCGGACCUGGGCGGAGAUACUAUUUGGCGCUUGAAGCAGAACCCCAGCACAGGUGUAUACGCCAUUCAGGGGUCUAUUCCUCAGCCCAAGGGAAGCGGUCCGAGGCACAUCGCUAUUUUCAAUGACCGUCUAUUCACGAUCCACGAGCUUUCAUCGACUUUGAGCGUGCAAAAUGUGCCUGCUCAGCCGAAUGGUACCGUCAUCACUUACGCCACGGCUUCCAUCAUCCCCUCGAACCCCAGUCCCGGCGCGUUAUGGGCGGGGGCAGAGAUCCUCAUUCCUCCUCCGACUGCUGCAUUCCCGACACCAUACAUCUACGUCUCCAACCGCAACACCGGCACCCAGACUCCCACCGGCGACUCCAUAGCUAUUUUCGAGCACGUCAAUCAAGGACAACCCAACGAGGGACUCGUCCUUGUUAACCAGGUCUUCACUGGUUUGGAUCAAAUCCGUGGUAUGGAGUUCGGAAACGCGGAGAAUGGAUGUGACCAGUUUUUGGUCGCUUCUGGUGUGGCUGGCUCGGCUGGCGUUAUCAUCCUCAAGCGCACUGAAGGUGGCAGGAACUUGGAAAUCGUGGCCAGAGACCUUACCAUACCCACACGCACCAGUUUCGUUUGGCUUUGA